AGUUUGAAGAUAUUUUAAUUUAUAUCGUUGUUCAAAGUUUAAAGCAGAAAUGGUUUUUAAGUUGGCAACCUUGAGGUUUCGUUGUAGGUUUUUGUGUAUGUAGUCUCUUUUCUCCUUUAGCCAUGGCUGACAAGGCGAAGAAAGAAGUGAAGAAGACAGCGGACCCCUCCAAGGUGAAGGAGGUGAAAAAAGAUCCGAAAAAGUCCGAGGAGAAGAAAGCUAAGAAGCUCCCAGCCGCACCGGAAUCUGUCCUAAAAAGCAGAAAACGUAGGGAUGCCACCAAAGCUGCCAGGCUCAAAAACUUGCUCAAGAAAAAGGCUGAGCGUUAUAAGAAGAGGAAACUCAUCUUUAAAAGGGCUGAGCAAUAUGUGAAAGAAUACAGGAGCAAAGAGCGAGAUGAAAUUAGACUUGCAAGGCAAGCCAAAACAAAAGGCAACUACUACGUUCCCGGUGAAGCUAAGUUGGCAUUCAUCAUCCGUAUCAGAGGUGUCAACCAAGUUUCUCCUAAAGUGCGUAAGGUUUUGCAGUUGUUCAGACUUAGGCAAAUAAACAAUGGAGUUUUCAUGAAACUCAAUAAGGCCACACUGAAUAUGAUGAGGAUCGCUGAGCCUUACAUCACCUGGGGUUAUCCGAAUUUGAAGAGUGUACGCGAACUAAUCUACAAAAGGGGUUUUGCUAAGCUCAAGGGACAGAGGAUACCAAUCACAUCAAAUGAGAUGAUUGAGAAAAAAUUAGGCAAAUAUAAUAUUAUCUGCAUCGAAGACUUAGUGCAUGAGAUCUUCACGGUCGGACCCAACUUCAAAUAUGCCUCAAACUUCCUUUGGCCUUUCAAGCUUAACACCCCCACUGGUGGCUGGAGGAAAAAGACCAACCAUUAUGUAGAAGGCGGAGACUUUGGCUGUAGAGAAACCAAAGUAAAUGCUUUGUUGAGGAGGAUGGUUUAAUUUUUUUAAUGUAUUGUACUGGACAAUUUUUAUUAUUAAAAUUGACGGUGUUUCUUUAA